CUCAGUCUUCAAUAUUUUAUCAAAAUUAAAAUUGUCAACAUAACAUUUUCUUUGAGUUUGCUUUCCUUUUCGAUUAUUACCUUUUUGCGGAACAGUGUCUGCUAAAAAGCUACAAACAAUGAUGGCCCACAAAUAAUAAGCCUGCAGUAAAUAUGGACAAAAAAGAAUCGCUCAUAUUUGCCGAUUCACUGGGUUUUUUUCCCAGGAACUUGUACCAUGAACUGGUAAAAUUGAAUCCCGCUAUAAAUCUAAUAUGUUCACCAAUUUCUAUACAAACCUGCGCCGGAAUGUUGCGUAUGGGCGCCGAAGAUGGUAGUGAGACCGCCAAGCAGCUGGACGAGGGGCUUAACUUCACCUCCAGCGAUGUCAAUCUGUUAGCAGAUGGGUUUUAUAAGACCCUGAAUUACUACCAGCAAUGCAGUGUUUUGCAAAUGGCAAACAAGAUUUAUAUCAUGGAGAAGUAUCGAACACGAAAGGAAUUUAGCGAUGUGUUGACCCAAAAGUUUCUGUCCAAUAUUGAGCAUAUUGAUUUCUCAAAAAGCAAGAAAGCAGCUAAUACUAUCAACGCAUGGGUGGAGUCCAAGACGAAUAGCCUAAUAAAAGACCUAGUCGAGCAAAAUGUUUUGAAUGCAGACACUCGUAUGGUGCUGGUCAAUGCCAUUCACUUCAAAGGCGAGUGGACCAUCAAAUUCGAUGAAAGAGCCACGCAAAAAGAAGAUUUCUUCUUUGAUGAUAAAAAACAUACCAAAGUAGAUAUGAUGCACUCUACGAACAACUACUUCUAUGCGGAUUUGCCGAAUUUUGAAGCGAAAGCCCUGCGCAUGGCCUAUAAGGACUCUGAGCUAUAUAUGCUGAUAAUACUGCCCAACCAGAAGAAUGGCUUAAACAGUCUUGAGCAGAGACUGAAGUUAACGCCACUAGAUAGCAUAACUUCUCUACUGAACGAAACGAAAGUCUCUCUCAAAGUGCCCAAGUUUAAAGCUGAGUUCGAAGCGGAACUAACGCCUGUUUUCGAGGAACUGGGCAUCGGUAUAAUAUUCAGCUCAGAGGCUGAAUUUGACAAAAUGCUAGAGCAAAAGGAGCCAUUGUCGGUGUCCAAUAUUCUGCACAAGGCAUUCAUCGAGGUCAACGAAGAGGGCACCGAAGCCGCUGCAGCUACUGCUGCGGUUAUGAUGAUGCGCAGCGCGCCAGCUCCAGAGUCAAUGCCAGAAGUAUUUCAUGCCAAUCAUCCAUUUUAUUAUACAAUUUACGAUGAAAAUCAUGGCUGCCUAUUCGUAGGGAACCUUCUUAAUCCUGCAGUCAUCACCUGCAGUCAGUGUUGCGAAAUGGAUUGAAUGUUCAAAAGGUGAGAAUAAACAGUGGCGAUAAUAUGAAAAUAAA